AUGUCUUAUAGAGGUCCCGUAAACAGUUUUCAGCCAUCUGCAUCGUCAUUUGGUACAGGGAAUAGAAACUUCCCCUCACAAAACGCUGUCUCUGAUAAGGCUAAUUUACAACAUAAAUUUAAACAAUUUAAGGACAAAUUUGAACAUUACACAGAUAAGAUAGAAGAAUUGACAGAUUACCCGAUAGUGAUAAGAUUGAAACCAUACAUCCCUACAAUUGCGAAAUUUUUCAUUGUGGCAACAUUCUAUGAGGAUUCCAUCAGAAUUGUCACACAGUGGAAGGAUCAAGUAUUUUAUUUACAUGCAUGGAAGCAUUAUCCAGUACUCUUCGUUUAUUUAUUUCUUGCUGUAGUAUCCUGUUCGAUGUUUGUGGGGUCUACACUGUUGAUAUUAAACAAAUACAAAUUUUACACUACGGGGGUACUAUGCGCCUGUAUUGUGCUCCAGGCAUUGGUUUACGGUUUAGUUACAGGUGCCCCAUUCUUACUAAGGAAUUUCAGUGUCAUUGGUGGCUUGCUCAUUGAAUUGAGUGACACCUUUGCAGAAAAUAAGGUCACAUCAGGUAUGUUACCAGAAUUAGGGAAUAAGAACAGUCAAAGGAAGAGUUACCUGCUUUUAGCCGGUAGAAUCCUCAUAGUGCUGAUGUUUAUUGGAUUUACCUUCAAUAAAUCGUACAUUACACUGUUUUUGACUAUGGUCUUCACAGUGUUUUUCGCUAUUGGAUACAAGACGAAACUCUCAUCCUUGGUAUUGGGAUUUAUUCUGGCCUUCUACAACAUGUAUCUGAACCACUACUGGUUCCGCACUCUAACAGAGAGAGACUAUUUGAAGUACGAAUUUUACCAGAAUUUAAGCAUCAUCGGUGCCUUAUUACUGGUCACAAACACAGGUGCUGGGAAGUUAUCCAUCGAUGAAAAGAAGAAGAUCUACUGA